CCACCGCUGGACUGGGCGAGGCGGCCGGCGAGGAGCCGCGCGCACCACCUGUAGACGGCGGGGCGACCGGCGGACCUACACUCUCGGGGCCGGCCAGGGCCGAAGGGAGCCCGGAAGACGGGGAGAGCGAGAACCCAAACUUGGAGAGAGGAGUGACCUGGGGGCCGGGGGCGGAGCCGCGAGCAGGGCGGCGGGAGCGAGCGCGAGCGGGAGCGCGCUGGCCCAGGAAGCGGAGAGCGCCGCCCACCCAACCCCGGCGAGAGCGCAGCCGGCAGAGGCAGGCUGGGCUGGGGGCUGCCGGCCCUCGACCCCUGCCGUGACCCCGCAGCCAACAGCCCACUCCCAAGAUGAUGAAGAGGCAGCUGCAUCGCAUGCGGCAGCUGGCCCAGACGGGCAGCUUGGGACGCACCCCGGAGACUGCUGAGUUCCUGGGUGAGGACCUCCAGCAGGUGGAGCAGCGGCUGGAGCCAGCCAAGCGGGCAGCCCACAGUGUCCACAAGCGGCUGCAGGCCUGUCUGCAGGGCCAGAGCGGGGCGGACAUGGACAAGCGGGUGAAGAAGCUUCCCCUCAUGGCCCUGUCCACCGCAAUGGCCGAGAGCUUCAAGGAGCUGGACCCUGAUUCCAGCAUGGGGAAGGCCCUGGAGAUGAGCUGUGUCAUUCAGAACCAGCUGGCCCGCAUCCUGGCCGAGUUUGAGAUGAACUUGGAGAAGGACGUCCUGCAGCCUCUCAACAGGCUGAGUGAGGAGGAGCUGCCAGCCAUCCUCAAGCACAAGAAAAGCUUGCAGAAGCUGGUGUCCGACUGGAAUGCCCUCAAGAGCAGGCUCAGCCAGGCAGCUAAGAACUCAGGCAGCGGUCAGGGCGGGGGCGGCGGCCCAGGCGGUUACAGCCACACAGCCACGGCCAACAAGGUGGAGACGCUGAAGGAGGAGGAGGAGGAGCUGAAGAGGAAGGUGGAGCAGUGCAAGGAUGAGUAUUUGGCCGACCUGUACCACUUUGCCACCAAGGAGGACACCUAUGCCAACUACUUCAUAAACCUCAUGGAGAUUCAGGCCGAUUACCAUCGCAAGUCUCUGAGCUCUCUGGAUGCCGUCCUGGCCGAGCUGAGGGAGAACCACAGCCAAACAGACCCCUCCCCCUCGAUGAUGGCCGCCCCCUUCUCCAGGGUGUAUGGGGUGUCACUGAGAGUUCACCUGCAGGAGCUGGGCCGGGACAUCGCCCUGCCCAUCGAGGCCUGCGUCCUGAUGCUGCUUUCUGAGGGCGUGAAGGAGGAGGGCCUCUUCCGCCUCGCCGCCGGGGCCUCGGUGCUGAAGCGCCUCAAGCAGACGAUGGCCUCGGACCCGAGCAGCCUGCAGGAGUUCUGCUCUGACCCCCACGCCGUGGCAGGUGCCCUCAAGUCCUAUCUGCGGGAGCUGCCGGAGCCCCUGAUGACCUUUGACCUCUAUGACGAUUGGAUGAGGGCAGCCAGCUUGAAGGAGCCCGGAGCCCGGCUGGAGGCCCUCCAGGAGCUGUGCAGCCGCCUGCCCCCACAGAACUUCAACAACCUCAGGUACCUGAUGAAGUUCCUGGCACGCCUGGCCGAGGAGCAGGAGGUGAACAAGAUGACGCCCAGCAACAUCGCCAUCGUCCUGGGGCCCAACCUGCUGUGGCCCCCUGAGAAAGAGGGCGACCAGGCGCAGCUGGAUGCGGCCUCGGUGUCGUCCAUCCAGGUGGUGGGCGUGGUGGAGGCUCUGAUACAGAGCGCAGACACCCUCUUCCCCGGAGAGGUCAACUUCAACGUGUCGGGCCUGUUCUCCGCCCUGGCACCCCAGGACAAGGUCGGCGACAGGCCGGCCUCUGAGGAGCUUCUGGCCACGGCCACACCGGCCCCGGCCCCAGCUCCGGCCCCUGCUCCUGCCCCGGCCUCAGCAGCUACCAAGGAAAGGACAGAGGCCGAGGGGCCCCCCAUACCGGCCUCCCCCAAGGUCAGCAGGAACCCCACAGAGGCAGCCGCCCCAGCAGAGGACACGGCUCGGAAGACCAAACGCCCGGCACCAGCCCGACCCACCAUGCCACCCCCCCAGGUCUCCGGCACCCGCUCCUCGUCUCCGGCCCCACCUCCACCCCCUGGCCCUGGCAGCCCUGUAGCUCCCCGAGCUCUGCCCCGCCGUCUGGUUGGCAGCAACCUCCGGGCCCCCACAGUGCCACCCCCAUUGCCCCCGAUGCCCCCUCAGCCUGCCCGACGCCAGAGCCUGCGCUCACCAGCCUCCCCCAGCCACACUUCCCCAGGCCCAGCCUCCUGCAGCCCCGUCUCUCUGAGCACGCCUGAGCAGGUGGACCUGGGGGUGGCCACAGAGGAUGGAGGGGCCCCUGAGGCUGCAGGCAGGACCCCCACUCCCGCAGCUGUGCCCCCUCAGCCUCAGCCCAGGAACAUUGCCUCGGAGACCAACUGAGCUGGGGGCUCCUCCCUGACAGCCCUCGGUGUCCCCUCCCUCCCCCUGGUCCUCCCAGGACAUAGCCCUCACCCCCUUGCCCACAGCCUUCACCUCCAAGUGCCUUGGUGCCCGCUGGGUCGGCCCCCACGGCAAGGAGGACUCAGGCCAG